AUGUGGCCCGACAGGGGAAAGACACCGUGGAUCCAACCAUGCAUCCCCCAUGCCGUCCCAUGCUUGUCCCAUGCCUAUGCGAAUGAGUGCUGGAAGGAGGAGGCGGAGGCGGAGGCGGAGGGAGACAACAGCAGGAUGAAGGGAGCCAUGCGACGCCUUUUGUGCACCCGUGCUCGUUCUCAAUCACACUGGCACAUACAUGAUGGCCCUAUUUCCCACGGGCGUGCUGUGUGGACUGGACACGGAGCCUUGCUUUGUUUCCCACCGUUGCAACAAGGUUUGGUGGCAGGUGGAUUGAUGGGUAGCUUCUCGCACUUGUGGCGUCUGUUUUAUCUCUCUACUUCGUAUCUUGGCUCUCUCGCUCCCCCUCCACUUGAUCGCGGACCCAAUCGCGGCACGCCGGCACCGACAGCUACUCGAGCCGAGACGAUAAGAGCAUCAACAACAACACCUACUACCAGCACCACUGCUGCUGGUGCUGCUGGUGCUGCCUUUUUCCUUGCGAGCGACAAAAGCCCAUCCAUCACCGUCUUUGCCCCCCCCAACGCGACAAGAUCCUUUGGAGAACCCACCCCCGCCGCCUGGCGUUUCUGGCCACCUCCUGAACCCUGGAAAUCAGUCCUCUGUGGCUGCUCCGCCGCCCCCCAAAAAGCCGUUCUCACCUCUGCCUCCUUUACUGUUGUGGCUGUUGGUUGUCGUUUCAAUGCAGAGACGUCCAAGCUGCAACCGGCCGACCCUCCGCAGCGCCGGCCUGCACCCCGAACCAACUCGGCCUCCGCAACACCGACUCUUUCGAGCUUCCCUCGAGUGACGGCCGCCGGUCGCUCUCACUCACCACAGCAGCCCCAGUCCCAGUAUCAGAACCAGCAUCAGCAACCCCGCCAGCUGCAACUGCAACAACAGCACUCCUACUCGCACCCGUCUCCGACCCAACCCUCCUCCGCCUCCUCCGAGGGCACCUUUCUCCUCCCCGACGACCCUCCAGUCCGCAAUGUACGAGAUUCUUUCGCUUCUAUCGUAGACGACCCGUUCUUCCAACGCUUUCACGAGGACGGCACUGUGGAUGCUGUCGCACACGGAGCUCCCUCAGAUCACGACGAGUCCAGCGAUGAGCCUUCGUCCAGUGGUGCUGAAGCUUGGCCGCCGCCCAGGAGAGAAUCACUAAUCAUAUCGCCUACAUCUAGUGUGUCAAGCGCGGUACCUAAGAUGGACACCAUCAACAUCGCCGUCAUAGGCGCCGACGGUGUUGGCAAGUCUGCUUUCAUUCAGCGAGCUCUGCGGCUGCCCCGACCUCCGACGACAAAUGUGACUGGUAUGCGUAUCGAAGUGGAGGGUGCGCCGUGCAUUGUCAGUCUCAUCGAGCUGGAUCUCGAGCAUUUUGACUUUGACCCCACGCAGAAAGUGAGGUGGCCGAAGCAGAUCAAUGGCCAUAUGGUACCCGUUAUGGACGGCGCGUUGAUAUUAUACGAUGUAAUGAACAGAGAGAGCAUCAAAGAGUUGCCGGCAACCUUGUCUGCUCUUGGAAACUCGGGCUUGCCCACCAUCCUCGUGGCUACCAAAUGUGAUAACCCAGAAAACUCGCGGCAACUCAGCACUGAGGGCAUUGCCACGGCAUUUCCAUCCGUCAUCAGCGACUUCAAGACGUCGUCAAAUGUGCCUGGGAGCAACCGCGAUUGUCUGCAGGCCAUCAUUCGAGCUGCCGUGUCCAACAGACGAGGGGCAGACAGAGCUCAGGCGGGUGCAACUUCUAGAAGACGUGCCGCGUCGUCGGCAGCUCACCUCGACACCCCUCAGGACACCGCCAAUGGCCGUGCGAUCACGGAUAAUACUAAACACAGCAGGGCGAGCUCUGACCUCUCACUCCUGCGAGGGUUUCCAUCUGUACCAAGUGACCGAGAGUCGUACUAUCGCUCACAGAACUCUCGGUCGCCGCGGCCCGAAAUGCCCAACGCCCCCCAGCUCACAAUGUCGAGCUUUGGGACAGAGAUGACGGAUGAGAACACAACCCACUCUGUCUCGGGAAUGCUGCGGACCCCCGGCGUGCGGCUUGACUCUGGCUCUGGCCAGGACGCAUCCUUCUUGGACGUCGAGGAAUCCGAUGCCGAAUCAUAUCGGUAUUCUGACGACAUCCCAAUCCUCCAGAGGAAUGACGAGGUUUAUGAUAAGCCGGCCAAGAUGACUGGCGUCACUUUCGAUGAACUAGUUGAUCGUUUGCUCGCCCCGCGGAUGACGAAAGCAGAUGCCAAUUUCGCGGAAGUAUUCCUCUGCCUGUAUCGCAAGUUCGCUGCUCCAAGUCAACUCUUCUCAGCAAUCCUAUCGCGGCUUGACGCUGCGAAGAAUGAGACGGGCACGCCUUACUUGCUUAAAACAACGACGCAACUUCGCAUCAUCGAGGCGGUAGCAAGAUGGGUCUCUGCAUAUCCGGGCGACUUUGCUCGCCCUGCCACACGGCGCAGGCUCGAGGAAUUGAUCCAGAAUCUCUCUACGGAUCCUGUUUUCGCACUAGCCGCGGCAGAGAUGCACAUGCAGGUCGAUCAAAACGUUGUCGAGGACGAUGACACGGGCUGGGCAAACUCGGACGAGACCAAGCAUGACUCUGGACAUUUCACUGACAUAUUGGACGACGCACGACGUGGCUCCGAGAUCAGCGAGAGCUUGAAAUCUCUGCACGGGCAGGAGACCAGGUCGUCAGACUUUCGCCCUUCCCUCGCCUCGGAUCUGGCAACCAUGGAACUUGAAAGCGGCGGCCACGUCGCUCGGUUUGAAUACCACACUUUGGAGGACUAUGAGAGAGAGGCGGCAACAAUGGUACCAACCGCGACUCUGCCGCUCAAUAAGAUUCGUUACCACAUCUUCAUGGAUCUCGAUGCCGAUGAUGUCGCAGACGAGAUCACCCGCAUCGACUGGGUCAUGUUCUCCUCGAUUCGCAUCCGGGAUUUUGUCCGUCACGUCAGCCUCUCGCUCGAGGAAAAGGAGAGGUGCAAGUCGCUCAAGAAUGUGAACCGCAUGAUAUCUCAUUUCAAUCAUGUGGCGAAGUGGGUGUCCAAUAUGAUUCUGAUCCGUGACAAGGCGAAGCACCGGGCGCCUUGCCUUCAGAAGUUCAUGUUGAUCGCGCUCAAGCUGCGUCAGCUCAAUAACUACAAUGGCCUUGCCGCUGUGCUUGCUGGCAUCAACGGAACCGCGGUUCACCGGCUUGCCCAGACUCGCGCCCUCGUGGACCAGGACGUACAGAAACGCUUUGCCCGGCUGGGGCUGCUCAUGGGCACCCAAAAGUCUCACUUUGCGUAUCGGCUGGCUUGGGAGAAUUCGCCCCUACCACGCAUUCCCUUCAUCCCGUUGCACCGCCGUGACCUCGUGUCAGCCGAAGAGGGCAGCCGCACGUUUGUGGGACCGCAAGGCGACCGCAUUAAUUGGAAGAAGUUUGAGGUCCUGGGCGAGGUCAUCCUGCCGAUCAUGAAGAGCCAAGGCACCGCCUAUCCGAACCUCAAGAGGCACAACCUAUCCCGUGAGCUCAUCCUCGACUGCCGGAUGCCCACGGAUGAAGAGGAAAUAUAUCAGAGAAGUCUUCAGGUCGAGCCUACAGGUGCUCCGGCCGAGUCAAGCAGGAAGAAAUUCCCCUGGUUGCCCAAGUAA